AUGGGUAAGGAUAGGGAUGGAGGAAGAGAGAGGGGCAGGGACUGGGGAAGGGGCAAAAAUGGAGAUAGGGAGAGAAGGGACAGGGGUAGAGAUAGGGAGAAAAGGGACGGAGACAAGGACAAGGAGAGAGUGGAGAGAGAAAGAGGACAUAGAGCAGGAGACAGAACGAAAAGGAUACAGAGAAGGGGAGUGAGAGUGAGAAGGAGAGGAAGAGGCGAAAGCAGCAGAAAAUUAAGGAAGAAAACACAAGUAGUGGAGCCUGAAGUUGACCCAGGGAUGGAUCAUCUAACAGUUUUUGCAUACCAUGUGUUUGUCCUUCAACUGAUUCUUCAAUUACUUAUGCAGUACUAUUAUAUGUCAGUGAUGCCUCUUAAAGCAACUGAGAAGGAUGUUUAUGAAUUUUUCUCGAAAGCUGGCAAGAUUUUUGUAAGCGAGAUGGGUAGAUCUAAGUCGGUUGUAGCGAGAGGAAAGGGGGAGUCGGGAUCCACUCGGGUUAAGUCCCUUAACCCGAUAUAUUCUACUGUGGUGGAUCCGGCGGCGUUUGUUGAACUUGCUGGUUUGCCGCCGUCGGCGGAAGUGAAGAUUCCCGGCUCGGACGAGGAAGCCUUUGACUGUCCAGAGGGGUAUGUGGUUAUGUAUGAGUAUCCGUUCACAAUUGGCUUCAAAUUUCCUUUCACUCCUCUGGUUAGGUCCUUUAUCGAGGUUUUCCAUUUGAGCCCGGGUCAGUUGAUGCCCCAGAUAUGGCGGGUUUUCACGGUGGUGCACGGAGUUACUGCAAACUGGCGUAUGCCGUUUGACCUGUCUGACUUGAUGUAUACUUACGACCUAGCGCUGCAGAAGUGUUGUAGGUAUACCUUGGUCACGAAGAAGGGGAAGACGAACUUAGGUGUUGGUUUAGGUGUGAACGACAGGGGUUGGCAGAGUCGUUUUGUCUUCGUAGGCAAAGAUUCUCUGGGAGAUAAAGGGCGGUUUCUGGUCGAGGGAUGGACGACGGAAGUUGUCAAGGCGUCGUCGUUGACUGAGUUGAACGUUGAUUCUGAGGAUAAGUAUCGGAAAUUCUUGGGUUAUUCUGUCGAGGAUAGGUCUUUUAGUCGCGACGGGGAGUUUUUAGACGAGCAGGAGGUGAACCGGUCAGGCGACGUCGCCGAGGAGGAGGAAAUAGACGAGGAAUCAGGUCAACUGACUCGUCGUCGGAAAAGGUUGGGUUUGCUUGAAGAGGUAGUGGCAAACUCAUCGUCCGCCGAAGGUGAAGUAGGCGAUAUGGCUGACAACUCAGAGCACACUCUGUCGUCUAGGCCUGUGUCAAGGAUGUCUCAGAGCGAGAUUCAGGAGCGUGCGAGGAAGCGAUUGAGGUCGUCCUCGACUUCUGGUGGACAAGGUAUGACGGUCGUACCUCGGUUUUCUGCGAUAGGUUCGUCGGCCGAGACGCCUGUCGUCAUAGGAGCAGAAGGCUUUCAUCCGAUUGCUUCGUCAUCGCCCCCACAGCCGUUCAAGGCGUCGUCUGCUGCUGUCGACGUUAGUAAAGUGUCUACUUCGUCGGCCAAGAAGCGUCCUGCUGAGACGAAUCCUGUCGAGGAUACGGUUAUCACUUUGCCCCCAGGAUUCUUGGGUGAUGAAGAGGCGUCUGUUAUAUGGCCUUUCGCUGAUCUCUUGAUCUUGCCUACGACGUAUCGACGAUAUCACGAGGUGGAUCCUCUUCCUGUCGCGUCGGACGCCGCUGAACUUAGUCUGCGGGCGUCGCAGGCUGCCUUGGCUGUACGUAGGCAAUGUUCGUUGCUGUGCGACGAGGUGACGAAUGCGAGGCAGCUGACGGCGACGGCGAAGAAGGCGGCCGCGUCGUGGGAAGCGAAGUGGAAGGCUGCUGAGAAGAAGGUCGUGGACCUUGCUGCGGUGGUUAAGGCCAAGGGUGAUCAAUUGAAAGGUAAGGAUAAGCAGUUAGCCGACGUGGCUAAAGAUCUGGAGAAAGUGAAGGAAGAGCUGGCCUCGACAACGGAGGAGUUAGAUGGAUUGAGGAGCUUGUACGACGCCCUGCAGGAGGAGGCGAAGGACGUUGAGGCUCUCGCUAUAUGGAGGACGCGGGCGCAAAUGAUGUACUCCUGCUUGAUUGGGGAGACUAGCCUUUGGCCGUGUCAGAAGGAGGUGGACGACUAUCUGGCUAAUGGCGGUACCAUGGCUGACCUGUCGGUGCCUGUGGUGGAUUCGGAAGAGUUAGCGAAGACGGCUGACACCGCCAGUACUGAGGCGACAGAGGUGGAUGCGGCUGUUAGGUUAUGA